UUUUGUUCGCUGUGUUCCAGUACACCGGCUCCAGGCUCACAGCAGCUGCAACCCACGCUUCCAGUGCCGACACCAGCAGCCCCGCACACCACGGCCACGAGCCCAUGACACCUCCGGGGGGACACGAAAAGCCGUGAGUGUCGCACAAAUCCUGCCCCCCCCCACUUUCUCCUGCUUUUUGAGUGUGUGCGCGUCCCCCCCCCCAAAUCCAGGGGUAACACAACAAGGCACAGGUAACACAACAGUGUCGGGUGGUCAAGCAGAGGCCUACACAAACUUCACACAACAGGGAUGUGUUUUUUGGGGGGGGCUUUGGGGGAGCAGUGAAGGACCCCAUGAGGGGGUGGUUGGGACCCCCCCAUGUCUAUGGGGUGGAGGGGGGGUGCAGGAGGCAGGUCCUGGAGGGGGGGUUGGUGUGGGUGUGUAUGGGGAGGUGUGUGUCCAGGCCUAGGUUGUGUGUGUGUGUGUGUGUGUGUGUGUGAGAGAGAGAGAGAAAAAGACAGAGAGAGAGACAAGGGGCAAAUGGGAAAAAGCGGAGAGAGGAGGAGGGACAAGGCAGGAGGAGAGGAAGGAAGACACGGAGGUGGGAACAGAGCAGGGAAUGGGCACGCGCGCGUGCACAGGGACCCAGGCAUCUGGGACACACUCGUGCGUGCAUGUGCGCGCGCGCGCGCACACACACACAGAGGAUCCAGGCAUCUGACUUGCAUAGAUACACACAGGACCCAGGUGUCUGGGGUACACACACACACACACACACACACACACACACACACACACACACACACACACACACACCCCCCUACACAACCCAGGCAUCUCACAAAGAUGUACAUACUCACACACACACACACACACACACAGGAUCCAGGCAUCUGACACAUGCACAUGGGACCCAGGCAUCCGGGACAUGGACAUGGACACACAUACACACACCCCCUCCCCGAGGAUCCAGGCAUCUGACAUGCAUACAGACUCACACAAACACGUGCAUGAUCCAGGCAUCUGAGAGACAUACAGGACCCAGGCAUCCGGGAUACACACACACCCCCCAUGUAUCUCAUAGGCACACAACCCAGGUAUCUGGGAUGGAUGGACAUGCACAACACAGGUAUGUCUCACACAGACAUGCACCCCCAGGUGUCUGGGGCACACACAGAGGAUCCAGGCAUCCCCCGCCCCCGCACAGGACCCAGACAUCUAGGACACACACAAUCUAGGUCUCUCUCUCUCACCCCCCACCACCCGAGGAUCCAGGCAUCUGACACACAUACAAACACACACAGGAUCCAGACAUCUGGGACACACACAAACACAAGACAUCUCACACACGUGAGAUAGGACACACACACAUGCAGGCACAACCCAGGCAUGCCACACACACACGACCCAGUCAUCCAGGGGACACAACCCAAGCAUCUCUCUCUCACACACACAACCCAGGUGUCUGGGGGACACAGUCCAGGUGGCUCUCACACAUACACAUGCACACACUCACCUCCCCAGGUGUCCAGCACGCACAGACACACACAGAGGACCUCAUUGUCUAACACACACAGAAACAGGCAGAGGACUCAGGCGUCCCAUACACAACUUGGGCAUUCCCACCCCCUCCUUCAACACACACCGCAGGUGACCCAAACAGACACACAGAUGCACACAACCCAGGCUUGGACACCCCCCCCCUACCCCUUGGCCAGUGAAGUGGGCACCAGUGAUUCCCACCCACAGCACCCGACUGGGGGCCAGGAUGCCUGGGCUCCCCCCAGCUCUGGGGGGGGUCUAGUGGGCUGUAGCGAGGGGGGGCCUGGGCCCUCCUGGUUCUCCCCCCCCGCAGGGGCAGGGGGGGGAGAGGGNNUGGGGGCAGCGCCCGGGGUAACUGCAGGUCAUUGGCACCACCUGGUGGCUGAAUUGGGGAGUGGAGUGUGUGUGUGUGCAUAUUGGCGGGCACUACACACAGAACCCAGGUGCCCAUAUGUGUGCAUGUGCACGUUGUGGGGGAGGGCAUUAUCACACACACAGAACCCAGGUGUCCAGUGUCUGUGUUGGGGGGGUGUUACUACACACACACAACCCAGGCAUCCGAGAGAGAGAGAGAGAGAGAGAGAGAGAGAGUGUGUGUGUGUGUGUGUGUGUGUGCACGCGCACGUGCACGCACUGCCAGCCCCCGCCAAGAACCCAGGCAUGCCGGGGCAGAGUCCCCUUCAAGGAGCCCCCGCCUGUCCUCCCAGGUCACCCUGGUCCCUGCUUUGUGACAUCACCGCAGUUGCCACAGCAACAAAGAUGCUCUUGGAAACCAGCGACUCAGGUGGGGAUGGGGGUACCAAGCAACGGGGCCAGGUGGGAUCAUAAAGGGGCCACGACCAGGCAUGAGGACCCCUGCCCUGCCCUCAAGAUGCAGCCAGCUCCAGGGUGGGUCCCAGCUGCAUAGAAUAGGGACCCAGUGCUGAGGUGCAGCCAGCUCUGGGGUGGGUCACAGUUGACUAUAACAGGGACCUGGUUACUGAGAUGCAGCCAGCUCUAAGAUGGGCCCUGACUGCAUAUAACAGGGACCCAUCAUUUGGCUGUGAAAUACAGCCAGCUCUGAAGUCAGUCAUGGCUGCAUAUAACAAAGAGCCUGCCACUUGGCACUGAGGUGCAGCUAGCUCUGGGAUGCAUCACAGCCACAUAUAACAGACCUAGUUGCUGAGAUGCAGCCAGCUCUGGGGUGGGUCCUGGCUGUAUAUAACAGGGACCUGGUUACUGAAAUGCAGCCAGUUCUGGGGUGUGUCACAGCUGCAUAUAACAAGGAUCUGUCACUUGGCACUGAGAUGCAGCCAGCUCUGGUGUGAGUCAGGUCCAUGUAUAACAGAACCUAAUCACCCAAGACUGAGAUGCAGCCAGCUCCAGGGUGCAUCACAGCCACAUAUAACAGGGACCUGGAUUGCUGAGAUGCAGCCAGCUCUGAUGUGAGUCCUAGGUGGAUGUACCAGAGACACCACAACAGGUGCUGAGAUGCAGCCACUUCUGGGGUGUCAUGGCCAAGUCUAACAGGGGCCUGGUUGCUGAGAUGCAGCCAGCUCAGGCAAGUCCCGGCUGCAUACAACAGGGACUCCUCACUUGGCUGUGAAAUGCAGCCAGCUCUGCGGUGUGUCAUGGCUACAUAGAACAGAGCCCUGGUUGUGGAGAUGCAGCCAGCUCUGAGACAGAACAGCUCCCCGUAACACCCUCCAGGGCUCAAAUGCAGCCAACUCUGGGGUGCAGGGGUCGUUUCCACAGCCCUCCCCCCAAAGUAACCCAGGCGUCUAGCCUCCCCAGCACAGAUACCCUUCCACAGCUGC